AUGCAAUUAUUUCAUUUUGCUCUUUACUUAUAUGACCCGUCUUCACGUCUACAGCGCGCAUCCCAGCACCUCUCACAUUCGAUUCGUUUCUUGGCAUCCAUUGUCCACGAAGAUCUUCUAACUUUUGCGUGUGGCUUCAGCUGCUAUGUACCGUGCCAGGACCAGCAUCGGGUGGUUAUAAAAUGGCCCGGUGCACCUACCGACUAUAUCCAUGCAAACUAUGUUGGAACGCCAGUAUCUGAGAAGCGAUUCAUCUGCACACAGGGGCCUCUGGAUAACACGGUUACCGAGUUCUGGAUGAUGGUUCUACAAGAGGAAUCAGAAACUAUUAUUAUGUUAUGCAAUUGUGUAGAAACGAUGCGAGCAAUGUCUCCUGAUGAACCAAGUAUUUCUGUUAGUAUACUCGUAAUAAAAUUUUCUAAACCCGAUGGCACUAAUGAAUCUCGGGAAGUCCGACAUUACCAGUGGCUAGACUGGCCUGAUCGAGGAGUGCCACCAUGUCGUCUCACUAGCAUGCUUCAGGAACUUCUUUCACGUAUACGAGGAACUAAAAAACCGAUAAUUGUACACUGUUCAGCUGGUAUUGGCCGAACUGGAACAAUUGUUGCGAUUGAGUAUAUCUUAGGUGCAUUACCAUUCGAUUUUCGACUUAGUCUUCAUUACAAAUACAUACUUAUUAGGAUACUUGGGCGCCCGUCUUCACUGGUUGUGCUGGCGAUUACAAAUAAGUAUACUCAAAACGAAAAAACAAAGGUCACAAAGCGUUUAAAUCUAAAAUCGUUUCAGAACGGAUGCAAGCCGGUGUUGAAUGCGCAACAAUGUGUGAUUUAUUGA